GAGUGUUGAAGUUAGAGUUUAAAAUCAGUCGGACCCAUAACCACGUGGUGACGUCAGUCCCCGAGUGCUGCCCCGGACACCGUGGAGCUAAAAAUAACCACCGACGCUGCCAUGUUGGUGUUGUCCCUCACCCUGCUGCUGCUUUUCAGAGGGUUUACUCUUUCUGCUGCAGCCAACUGUGAAGGUCAGACCGCAUGGCGUGAAGUGUGUGUGGACUUUCUCCACAGACUGUAUGGCGGUCUGACCUCCGCCCACACAGAACUCACUCCGUCCCUGGUGGAGGAGGAGCUGAUCCAGGCCUGCACCGCCGCCCAGGGGAAGGAGGCGCGGCUGUGUUACUACCUGGGAGCCAGUAGUGAUGCAGCCACCCGGGUCACGGCGUCAGUGUCUCGGCCUCUGGCCUCCCACGUCCCCGUCGAGAAGAUCUGCCAACGCCUCAGUAGCAGAGACACUCAGAUCUGUCAGCUCACACAUGAGCCGAAGCUGAAGGACCUGAGCAGCGACGGGCUGAGGAAGACGAGGGUCUCGGAGCUGAGGAACAUUUUAGCCUCGUGGGGAGAAGAGUGUCGAGGCUGUGUGGAGAAACACGAGUUUGUGAGCCUCAUCCAGGAGAAAGCGCCGCUCCACGAACUGUGAAUGGUGACCGGUGCACGACUGUAGAGCACGUGGAAUAACACAACGAAGAAUACUUUCAGAAUAUGCCUUUUAAAUACAAAUAAAUUGGAUAUUUCAUGUU